UUUUUUAACACAACUGGUUGCUAGGUUUAUAUAGUGCACAACCGAAAUAACAGUGUAAUUCUGUUCCAUCAGUCAUUAAGUCAGUCUGCGAAAGAUAGGUAGUGAUAAAGAUUGAGAUCUGUUUAAAAGCAUGUAUUAAAAACCCAGUAUCAAUGUCUAGUCACGAGGUUAAACUUUGUACCCGUUCGUGAGGACUGUACACUUUUUCAAUAGUAAAAGAUAAGGAAAGGGCAGAAAUGAAUUUAACGCGGUCAUAAAUACUGCAUGAUAUACGCACUAUACAUUCAGCAGGUCUGCGUUACUUUUGGAUGACGUUUAAUGCAAGAGUUUUGAAGUCAUCAAGGAAACAUCAUGAAAGUCAGCCAUUCUGCCGAUCUACCCAUAAUCUCUCUUCCAAAUAGCGCCCUCACCGGCGUCCAACUCACCAAUGACAAGGACUAUGCCAAGUUCACGUCAUAUGAAGCACGCAUCCCGGCCGAGACUACCGUUGCGCUGAGAUCCCCAGACAGCGAGCAAAGCGUCCACAUCUAUUACUGCAUUAGCGGGAAGGGGAAAUGCGUCGAGGCUGGCAGUCAAAACCAAAGGGAAGUUUGCCCUGACACUGUGGUGGCGCUCUCUUCGGACGUCACCUAUGAGUUGACAGUGUCAGCAGAGGGCGGCAUGCGUCUGUUCGUAGUCUACUAUCCAGACGCCCAGGUGGUCUACCGAUCGCUUGCAGUGGUGCGAAGUCUGAUAGAGGUGGUUGGCACUGACAGGGAUAUCGACUGGGGAAGCGGCCACAGCCGGCGAUAUCUCGUCAAACAAGAUGGCUUCCCUCUGGGUGUUCACAACACCUGGGUUUAUCCGAAGACAUGUUCCCGAUUGGGCUACAUGAAUCACAUUGAGGGCGUGUACUACAUAGCAGGAAAAACAACCUACCAGUGGCAGGAUACCAGUGGCGAGUGGGUUCAUGCCACGACGAAAACAGACUGCGAUAACGGCACCAAUUACCUCAUGAAUAUUCAUGAUUGUCACGUAGUCAAAGUCCAUGACAAAGAUGCUUACUGCAUUUGCAUCUUUGAUCCCGUUCUGAAGGGAAAUGAAAAUCACAAGUUUACGGAGGAUGGGUUCUCUGGUUAUGAAGCCUGAAGGGGUGGACAGUAAAUCAUUAAACCCGACAGACAAAUCACGUGUCAGAGACAAUAAUUUUGUUUAACAUAAAUCUGUAAACGAUUAGUCCGCUCGCACACUGUGAUUAUUUAAAUUAAUUAUAAAGGACAUAUAGGACCAUUGGUAAUAAGGCUCUGCACUGAUGACAUCACACUUUGUUUAUAUGUGUGCUUUCUUAAGUUAUUGGAGCCUGGUGGGAACAAGAGGCCCAUAGAAAAGCACAUAAGUAAGCAAAGUGUGACGUCAUCAGUACAGAGGCUUAAUGCCUGGAAACGAACCUACCGAUUUAACGGAAAAGCCUUGUUCACAGUAAAGAAGUGACUGGUACUAAAUACCGAUGUGAAACGUUGUUGUUUGGAGGAAAACAAUCAACAUUUUUAUGAAAAUAAGUUUUUACAACUUUUUGCGUUAUCCCUGCUUUUUCCACUGAAUGGGGGACUCUCAGUGUUUAUUUUAAACCUGCAGUACAGAAUAAUUAUUUUCUUGUUAAAAGUCUGACCUAAUCUGUAUCAUUAUCGUGGAAAUUGCGAGUAAAUCACAUCAAAACAAAUCAAAAUACAUGAUUUAUUUUAACAUAAUCACUUUGAAAUGUGGAGGUGUACAGUAUUAAGCAGAAAGAAAAUUCCCAAACAACAUAAAGGAAAGAGAAGGAAGCAUUCUUUUAUAGAUUUGAAUUUAUUUCAAGGUUGACAUUACCCAGUCACAAUCGUUCGAUCAAGCCAGAAAAGAUUCAAAUUUACGACCCUGUCAGUAUCCAUUGUAUUUCUUUUUAAAAAGAUAGAUUUAAAAACAAAACAAAAAUUUUGACUGUGGCUACUAGAUUUUUUGUCUUAAAUUUUGUAUAUGGUUUAAUGUACCAGAUUGGUUUUUUUUUAACUGAAGUCCUUUAAAAUGUGCCUACACCGCUGCGCUUUCACUUUCGUCCUCGGUAUUUGCAUAGCCGUUCUCGAGGCCUUGCUGCGCAUGCAUAUGGAGGGUUUUAAAUUGUGAACAAAAAUUGCUUUUUUUUUAGAUAAAAUCUGCAGUUGAGUACAAAUUCA